AUGUCUUCACCAGAUCCUCUCAAUGAGUCCCUAACUUCAAGUGUUGCACGCCGUAUUACUCGAAGCCAGCAAGCCAAACACUUUGUCUCCCUGGGAAACUCGUCGUCCCCGCGGAAGCAGACGUUUGAGCUCGAAGUGGGAGACAACACGUCCCCUCAAAAACUAUUCGUCACGGUCGAAUCCGGCCUCAACACAGGCGACGCGCGCCGCCGUCUUUUCACAUCCUCGUCUUCUCCCACUAAAUCCACACCUUCUAUCCGACGCCGGGAACGGGCAACGACAACAACCAUACCCCUCAAGGGCAUAUCGGAAGUGGAUGAUGAUGGCCUCGAUCUCCCUGCCGUCACGCCAAGGAGACGCGGUCGGCCUCCCAAGUCAGCGGUUGGAUCUACACCCAAACCUGUCGCGUUAAAGAGGCGUUCUGGGACCCCCGUUCGGAAGGCGACGCCUGGCCGCCCUAGAAAAUCCCAGAACCAAGAUGCAGAUGACGAUCUCCCCUCUGAGAUUAGUGUAGCGACCGCCACUCCCCGUACAGCUAGGGGAAGGAAGGCAACGAGGGCCACGAGUACCGAGCCCUCAACUAUCCCCAUCACCCAAGGCACCCUGACUCCGAAGCGGAAAACCGUGACUAAGAGAAAGACGGUAGAUGACGAGGCGUCGUCGGUCCCUCCCUCAUCAGCCAGGAGACGUGGCCGGCCUCGGAAGAAGCCCUUACUGGGAGAGGCUACUCAAUUGGAAGCCACUCUUCCUACCCUCCCCGAAUCUCAAGUGGGGCUGUCCGUCCCACAAAACCGCGCCGUCAACGCGUCGUUGUCUCCGAUGCACUCGGAGAUGGAUAUUGAUACGCCAGGCCUCCCAGCUCCUGCAUCUGAGGGGGAUAUCUGGAUGGAUACCUUGUCUGACGGAAUCACCCCUCGCCUCGCCCCUCGCAUGCGGUCGCUAAACCUCUCCUCAACCCUAGACCUGCGAAAAUCUACCGCAUCUCACGCUGAAACAACCGUCGCCUCAAAUUUUGAGGGGCAAGCGGACGAAGAGGCCGCGGUGGUAACCGACGAUUUUGGAGCCUCCCUCCACCGCGAUUCAACUCCCUUGGCCAGUCGCGAAACCACCGCGGAGCCCGAAACAGACAUUGACGUUGUCGACAUGAUUGUUCGGGACCACCCGACAAGCGAUUUCCCGUCCGAGGCGUCCGAACACGGCGAGGAGUCGAAUCGAAUGCCGCGAGGUGACAAGGAUACCAUUGUCCAGUCGGAAGAAUUCAGUAUGAUUUUUAUGGACUCAAUUCCCUCUCUUCAGUCAAGCAUGUUUGGACGCGCACCUACUGAAGUCGGCGAAGAAACGAACUUGCUCAUCAACCGGACUAUCGAAGCCAUUAAGAACGGUAUGGAGGAAGAAGAGAGUGAAGAAGAGCAUGAGGCGGCCGCCGAGGUUGGAGAUGUUGAGCAACCCAAGGGCGAUAUUGAGGAAGACGAGGGAGACGUCACGGUUACCCAAGAGAUGACGAGGAACGCCGAGAUGGAUGACGAGGAGCCGGAAGAUCAGAUGGUGGAAGACGAGGUGGUAGAAGCUGCGGAGGAGGCCGUCGCACCGCCCGAAGCCGAAGAACUUGUCCACGCUGAGCAAACCCACCAAGAGCUACAACACUUUGACGAUGACGAGAUUAAUGUACACGAAGAUGCAGUCGACGAGUCGGACGCGGAGAUUCUCUCUGAGCCUCCCUGGCUGCUGAACUCCAGGAGCCCGCUUCAGAGGAUUCGGAUGCUGAAAUGCAGCAGGAGACUCCCACUCGGCCUCGCACGGCUCUCUCCCCUACCAAGGGGAAUGGAUCAGCGGGGUUCUCGGGAAGCCCUAGGCGGAUGA